AUGAGGGGUCUGAGAUACCAAUCGGAUAAGGACGAGUUUGUCUUGGUUCGCGCUUUGCCGAUUCCGACAGUUGUCAAAGGGUACGAUGUCUUGAUCAAAAUUUGGAUUGCGGGUCUCAAUCCAGUCGAUGCCAAAAUCGAUCAAUGGUUUUCGGCCAUUCCUCCCAAUGUACCAAAAUCGAUGUGGGUUCCGGGAGUGGAUGGCGUGGGAGAAAUUGCAAAGGUCGGCAGUGCGGUGGUGGAUUGGAAGGUGGGAGACACGGUGCUCUAUCACGGCGACAUGUUUCGGCCCACGGGUUCCUUGGCCGAAUAUGCCGUGCAAGAUUCUCGGACACUGGUCGAUCUGGGUGGUAUCCACAACCGAGUGAGUCCUUCCAUUGCCGCCGCCACACCCUGUGCGGGAUGGACGGCCUAUCGAGCACUGGUGGAUAAACUACAAUUGGAUGGUACCAAGAAACAUGAUUCCAUUUUGAUUUUGGGUGGAGCGGGUGGUGUGGGAGGAUUUGCCAUUCAAUUGGCCAAACAUUUUGGAGUUCCCACCAUUAUAGCCACCGCUUCGACUGCCAAACAUGACUAUGUGCGCAUGCUGGGAGCCACUCAUGUCAUUGAUUAUCUGACCGAAAAUGUCGUCCAAAAAGUCAUGGGAAUUACCAAGCAACAAGGUGUACCCGUCGCCUUGGAUACUGUGGGACUGGUCGACAACGACGUGCUGGCCGCCUCGUGUUUGGGAUACGAAGGACAAAUGGUGGAAUUAGUUGUAACGGUACGACCCGAGCAAUAUCCCGAUGCCUUUAUAAAAGGUCUUUCCUUUCAUCAACUCAGUUUGGGGAGUGGACAUCGGAAUGGCGCCAAAGCACAAAAAGACUUGGUCCGAGCAGGGACGGCAUUCACCAAAUUGCUCGAGAAUGGAUCUGUUCUGGUGCCAAAGUACAAAUGCAUCGCCCUAGAGGACGCUGGGAGAGCCUUGAAGGAAAUGAGAAAGCAGCGAACUACCGGGAAAAUCAUUGUCCGAGUGGCCGGGAUGUCAGUAUAG